UUUAAAGCGUCCGUCGCCUGUAUAAAAUGUCUCAGUACUCGACAGCCUGCAACAUGAACGGCAUGAAGACACAGUCACCGAUACUGACAAUGGCAAAUAAUGACAACGACCCUCUCCCCCUCGGCUGGGAAGUGAAAAUUGACCCUCAGACGGGAUGGCCCUUUUUUGUGGAUCACAACAACCGCACGACAACCUGGAAUGACCCGAGACACGACACGAAAAAGGUCAGAGAAGUUUCAGCAAAUGGACCCAACAUACCACCAGAACCAAGCCCUCAGGAGACACAGAAGACCUUCGUGAGGGAGAUGAAGCACCCUAUUCUUCGCCCAGGUUAUGUUCCCAUCCCAGUCUUCCAUGAGGGCGCAGAACUGAGGCAGCAACAGCAUCCAUGUUAUUCCUACAUCCAGCCAUCCACUGCACAGACUAUCCGGACAGACGUGCGAACGCCUUCUCCGACACCAGCGCUCCACUGCAGGCCUAGAUCUCCCUUACAUGGACCUUCAGAGAGCUGCUCCACUGAUCCUGGAAAGGUCGGAUCACCUCAAAUGACCAAAUAUCGAAUAUUCACUGUUUCAAUUUGAUCUUUUAUUUUUAAGGUUUACACUGUCCCGCAUCACCAACCCCCACGGCCCAGCAGCACUGGUCUUCAAGCAGGUUACAUCCCUAUCCCUGUGAUCCAUGAGGGUGGAGGAGGCCAAACACAAACACAGGCUCAGUUAAAUCCCUCCGUAUAUUCUCAGCGCGUCCCAUACUCAGAGCACCAGCAGCCCUUCCAUCGCAUUCAGACAGACGAAUGGCCUGGCUACUCUGCAGCGAUGCAGCCGCCCAGGGAAAGGGCUUCUCCGAUACUGCUUACCCAGCAUCGCGAUCCUGCUACUAUUCACCUCCCACCUCAUAUUAGAAGCCAGUCACCUAUUAUAACACAGGUGCUUGGAGAGAGACCACAGGCUCAGCAGCAUGUCAUCACAAGAGACCCACCCCAGAAAAUGGAACAGGAACAACAAAGCACGCAGCAGAAACCCGAGAACACGCAGCUCCCCCAGCCAUUGCACACUGAAGCUGACAUCCAAAAGCCUCAACAACCUCAACACUUCCAACAGCCUCCUCCUCAGCAACCUCAGCAGUUCCAGCAACCACAGCAGUUCCAGCAGCCACAACACUUCCAGCAGCCGCUACACUUCCACCAGGCACCACCUCAGAUGUCUCCACAGCCUCAGCAGCCUGAACAGUUAAUGCAGUCGCCGCAGCAGUUCCAGCCACCCCAGAAACCGGAGCAACCACAACAACAUACUGCAGAUAUCACAGUUCAAAUACCUCCAAAACCAGAAGCCCAGGACGUGACAGCUGUUCCCCCAGAAGUCCCAUCUGUAAAGGUAGAGGCUGAACAGGCUGCUCAGUGCCCAGUCCACCCAGGCUUGGCUAAGGUACAGAAGAUAGUUGAACGGGUUUCUAAACUGGAGCAGGAGGUGAAAUGUUUUGAUGGAAAGAAGAAUGAUAAGAAGUACUUGUUACUGGAGGAAUUGCUGACCAAAGAGCUCUUAGCACUGGACUCGGUUGACCCAGAGGGUCGUGUAGAUGUACGGCAGGCGAGGCGGGACGGAGUCCGUCGUGUUCAGACCAUACUGGAAGAACUGGAGCAACUAGAGGAGCAGCCAGCCAAGCUUGCUGGUGACACAGCAAUGGAGGGAGACAACCUGACACAGAAAGGAGAGCCCAGCAUGAUCACCAAGGAGAAUGUUGAGAUGGCAAAGGAGAUAUCAUAAUGACUGCACACUUCAUAAUCAAGAGGAGAGAAUGAUAAACCUGCUGAAUAUUUGAUGGUUAACAAGUCUGCUCCAGCUAACUCUCCUCUUCCUCUGUCUACAGCAUUUGUGGAAGUUGCAUGCAUUGAUUAACAGUGUUGGUAUUUCCUGCCAUUCAGCAUAUAAUUGGUAACUCAGUGCAAUCGUGUUUUUCAAGCCAAUGUUGUUGCCUUCUAUGUUGUGCCAGCUGUCACGAUCAAGGUGUUGACAACAAUUUAUAGUCAAAUUAAAGUUUGAAUAAGAGGCCUUUAUCAAUAAAUGGAAGAAAACUAGAAGUAUUUUCUUAAGAAAUGUUACGUGUAGUUGCCUUUUGUCUUGAUCAAAUAUUGUAUGGAGCUUUUCUUAAUUCAGUCAGCUCUUCAGUUAGUACACGAGUGCAAACAUUGGGGACUUCAAAGCAGAACUCACUGCAAAACUCAGUCAACAGAAAAGCAUUUUCCCCUUUAUGACCACAUGGCCAUGUUGGAGCUGCUUUGUCACACAACACAGUGAAUAUGUUUUAUUAGAUGCUGCUUUUUGGUGCAUUACUGAUUUUGCCAUCUUUGCACUUUGCCAUCAUUGAAAUGUAUCAUGCUGAAAGUUCAGCAGCACUAGAUUUGAAAUAUAUCAGUUACACAGGUUUUGAUUGAUGUGCUUGAGUGUUUGUAUGUGCAUUGGUUUACUUGUAAUUUCAAAUCAUUAUAUCAGUAUUUAUAUCAUAAUAUAGUAUUUUGGUACAUUAAUGAAUGUGUAAUGACAAUUGGAGGUGAGAUGGUGUAUCUUACUUGAGAUGUGAGACAAUCAGCACCUAGUGCUCAUUAGGAAUCACAGUUCAUGAUUGUCAGAAUGUCCUUGUGUAACUACCAAAGCCACAAUCUGUAAUAACACUAACACAUAUAUGGCCUGAAAGCCUUAAAAAUACCAACAGUGAGAAAAUGCCCAAUUCAUAAACAAGUGAAGAAAACGUCAAUCUGUGAUAUAAUUUUUUUCAAAGGUACUUUUCUGAUUACCCUAAUUGUUUGUGUAGUAAUUUAUCACUGUAGUACAACCAUAAGCCAUCUGUAAAGUAGGCUCAGUGCCUAACACACCUUUACAAAUUAUGGAUUGUGGCUUAGUCUUGAUCACGGUUUAUGAGUAGCAGGCUGAUGUAUUGAAAGCAAUCAAUCUUGUUGGUAUGGUUGAAAAUAAAAUGUAUUUGACAUGGA